UUUGCAUAUUAUACCCGCAUCCUCCGCGUCCUCUUCCCAAUCCAACCCCCCACUACGGAAUAAGAACGAGAAAUACCUUAUUGGUAGAAGCAGGAAUCAUGAAUUCCUUUUUCUCCCCGAAGCAAGGAGGACAAACCCUCAUAUAAAUACAUGGAGGGCUCUGUUUUGUAGAAUAUAUUAUUUUUUAUUUGACAUUUUUUAAUGGAUCUCAUGAUCUCCAAAUGCAACAGUGAAACCUUCAGCUUUGCAGGGGAGGUAGCUGUAUCUGGUUGGGUGGCAGGCGUAUCCAAGGGGUGCCAUGAAGUUCUCAGGGCCCCUGGAGAGCCAGAGACUGUCCUUUCUUUUAGAAAGGGCAGUCUCUAGGGAAGCCCAGAUGUGGAAGGUGUACGUGCACAAAACCCAAGCCAACCAGGACGUAGCUGUUUCUCCAGAACAGCGGGAUGAAGUGAUCCUAUGGCUGGCUGAACUUAAGUACCAGUUCUGUGUUUACCCAGAAACACUUGCUCUGGCCAUCAGUAUUUUGGAUCGUUUUUUGGCUACAGUAAAGGCCCGUCCAAAAUACUUACGGUGCAUUGCAAUCAGCUGUUUCUUCCUUGCUGCCAAAACCAUUGAGGAAGACGAGCGGAUUCCUGUGCUCAAAGUCCUGACCCAGGACAGCUCGUGUGGCUGCUCUCCAGCUGAGGUUCUUAGAAUGGAGAGGAUAAUUCUAGAUAAACUGAACUGGGACCUUCACACAGCUACGCCUCUGGAUUUUCUUCACAUUUUCCAUGCCAUGACUUUGAAUGCCAGCCCUGAAUUGUUUGACAGAAUGCCCGAACUGAAUCCAUCUCAGCAUGUAGCUCUUCUCACCAAGCAGCUUCUGCAGUGUAUGGCAUUUCACCAGCUACUACAGGUUAAGGGCUCCAUGUUGGCACUGGCACUCCUUAGUCUAGAAAUGGAAAAGCUGCUUCCUGAUUGGCUGGCUGUUACCAUAAAGCUACUCCAGAUGGCACAGAUGGAUAGUGCUCAGCUAUUCCAUUGCCGGGAAGUAGCAGCACGUCACCUUUCUCUUCUGCAGCCUCCCUUGCCUCCCAAUGCUGUAUACGUCUACAGUCCCCUCAAGCAUACCCUGGUGUCCUACAACAGAGGAGCUUAUUUCCACCCCUCCACUGUAAAGGAACCAGGAUUCCAUCCACAGGGCAAAUGCACAUCAGGAGCUCUGAUUAAGGGAGCCUCCGUCUUCUACCAAAGACUGGCAGCUCCAGCUGCCAGCAAACAGGCCUCCACCAAGAGGAAGGUAGAGCAGAUGGAAGUGGAUGACUUCUAUGAUGGGAUCAAGAGGCUGUACAAUGAAGAUAGUUCUGCAGAUGUUGUGGGCAUGGAGACAGUGGCAUGUAGUAGUGACCUGUCCAGGUCAGAGGCCAGUCUGUCCCCAUGCCCACAAUUACAAGCAGUGUCAGUCAUGUGAAGUCAGCACUUUGCUUGGCAGAACCAAGUGCCAGAUGAGAUUCCUUUUGACUCCAUGUGCUGGUAGGGAAUGUCCAAUGCAGACCUCUCCAGCAGAAGGGUGUUAUAAUGCCACACAGGCCAUGCCUUAGCAGGCUGCAGUAGAGGGCUACAAGCUCUUCCUGUUUACUCAUGCUGCUAAACUAAGCUUCAUCAUUAAAAAA